UGGGUUUCAUGUGUUAGUUGCGGACGCACUUUCCUCUCCAUCAGGACCAGGAUUAUGCUGUCCCUGCUCAGAUUUGAGACUGGCUCUGUGGCCGGGGAACUUGAUGAGACCCUCAGACUCCCAUCAGCCUGGGCUCGGCUGGUGUGAUGAGCCCAAGAGCCUCCCGCGUUUCCUGUGACGCAGGACAGCCGCACCGCGCACUUUGGAGAACUGCGAGAAGCGGAAAAAAAGCGCGUCCGUGACUUCGGUCUUCUGUAACCAUAGUCCCUGGUGUGAACGCGUCUUUACAGUGGUGACGAUCCCGAGACACUGAGAGCGACUAGUGCUGUCUGUGGGAGGACAGGGACCCAGGCUCCGGAGCGUCAUCGCUGGCUGAGCGGCGGGGAGUCGAACACCUGCAGGUGAUCCGGGGCGUCAGAAACCUGCAAUUUAGAGGAAUUCACCGCUUCUCCGUCAGUUCAGCACAGCACUUCUGCUCUGAAGAGAAAAAGUGGAUUUGCAUUUGGAUUUAAUGUUUUGGUUGAUGGAUGCUGAUGCAGAACCGGACCGAGUCCCCGCGGAGGAAUUUAGCUAAAAUGUGUGUGAUGUGAAAAACAUCAGAAAACAUCUGUCUGACCUGUGACUCUGACAGAGGAAACAUCUGCUCCUGCUGCGGAGAAAAAAGGUUUCUGGAAGAAUGUGAAACUGGAGCUGCUGAGACCCUGAAGCACCACCUCCUUCGCUGACUCAGACAGCUAUGUCCAACACAGGAACCUGUACCGCAGAUAAACAUUAGUAGCUCAACUUACCGCAAAAUGGCGGAGGGUUUGAAGCCCCCGAGCAUCACUGGGCACUGUUUCCUCUCUUUACUGAUGCUUAAGAGCUGCUGGCUGCUAGGUGCCACCUCCCAGAAGCCCACCGUGUUGACGGACUCCCAGCAGCCCCAGCAGGAGUAUGCCCACUCCAUCCGGCUGGAUGGCGACAUCAUCCUGGGCGGCUUGUUCCCAGUGCACGCCCGCGGCGAGAGGGGGGUUCCCUGUGGUGAGCUGAAGAAGGAGAAGGGUAUCCACCGGCUGGAGGCCAUGCUGUUCGCCAUCGAUCUCAUCAACAAGGACCCAGAGUUGCUGCCCAACGUGACGCUUGGGGCACGUAUCCUGGACACGUGUUCGCGUGACACCUAUGCCUUGGAGCAAUCACUCACCUUUGUCCAAGCACUCAUUGAGAGGGAUGGCUCCGACGUCCGCUGUGCUAAUGGAGAUCCACCCAUCUUCGCCAAACCAGAUAAAGUGGUGGGCGUCAUUGGGGCGUCGGCCAGCUCUGUGUCGAUCAUGGUGGCCAACAUUCUGCGCCUGUUCAAGAUUCCUCAGAUCAGCUACGCCUCGACAGCUCCAGAGCUCAGCGACAACACGCGCUAUGACUUCUUCUCCCGUGUGGUUCCUCCGGACUCCUACCAAGCUCAGGCCAUGCUGGACAUCGUCACAGCGAUGGGCUGGAACUACGUGUCUACACUCGCCUCCGAGGGAAACUAUGGCGAGAGUGGCGUUGAAGCCUUUGUCCAGAUCUCCAGAGAGUCAGGUGGAGUUUGUAUCGCUCAGUCUCUGAAGGUUCCUCGGGAGCCGAGACCCGGCGAGUUUGACAAGAUCAUCCUCCGUCUGCUGGAGACGCCCAACGCCCGCGCUGUCAUCAUGUUCGCAAACGAGGACGACAUUCGGCGAAUCUUGGAUGCUGCGAAACGCAACAACCUGACAGGUCACUUCCUGUGGGUGGGCUCUGACAGCUGGGGCUCCAAGAUCUCUCCAGUGGUCCAGCAGGAGCGGGUGGCCGAGGGCGCAGUCACCAUCCUCCCCAAGAGGGCCUCUGUGGACGCGUUUGACCGUUACUUCAAGAGCCGCUCCCUGUCCAAUAAUCGCAGGAAUGUCUGGUUUGCUGAGUUCUGGGAGGAGAACUUUAGCUGCAAGCUGGGAAUGCACGGCAAGAGACCCGGCAGCCCCAAGAAAUGUACAGGGUUGGAGAAAGUUGGCCGUGACUCCACCUACGAGCAGGAGGGGAAGGUUCAGUUUGUGAUGGACGCAGUGUACGCCAUGGCCCACGCUCUGCACCACAUGCACCGCGAUCUCUGUGCCGGAUACCCUGGCCUGUGUCCCCGCAUGGCCAGCAUUGAUGGAAAGGAGCUGUUGGCCCACAUUCGCGCCGUUGGCUUUAACGGAAGUGCAGGGACUCCAGUCACAUUCAACGAGAAUGGUGAUGCUCCCGGACGCUACGACAUCUUCCAGUAUCAGAUCAACAAUAGGUCGGUGGCAGAAUACAAGGUCAUUGGACACUGGACCAAUCAUCUGCAUCUAAAUAUGGACACCCUGCAGUGGACCACCGGCGACUCCUCCCUGCCGGCUUCGGUGUGCAGCUUGCCCUGCCAGACCGGCGAGAGGAAGAAGGUGGUGAAGGGCGUCUCAUGCUGUUGGCACUGCGAGCGUUGUGAGGGAUACCACUUCCAGGCCAGUGAGUUCACCUGUGAGCUCUGCCCCUACGAGAAGAGACCUGACCAGAACCGCACAGGCUGCCAGCCUAUCCCUAUCAUCAAGCUGGAGUGGAACUCGCCCUGGGCGCUGUUGCCCAUCUUCAUCUCCGUUUUGGGCAUCAUCGCCACCACCUUUGUCAUUGUCACCUUUGUUCGCUACAAUGACACACCCAUUGUUCGGGCCUCAGGGCGAGAGAUGAGCUAUGUGCUGCUGACAGGCAUCUUCCUGUGUUACAUUAUCACCUUCCCCAUGAUUGCUGCACCUGAUGUUGUCGUCUGCUCGUUCCGUCGCAUCUUCCUGGGACUCGGCAUGUGCUUCAGCAACGCUGCGCUGCUUACCAAGACCAACCGCAUCCACCGCAUCUUCGAGCAGGGUAAGAAAGCGGUGACCGCACCACGCUUCAUAUCACCAGCCUCCCAGCUUGUCAUCACCUUCUCGCUCAUCUCGGUCCAGCUGCUGGGUAUCCUUGUGUGGUUCGCUGCCGACCCACCGCACACUUUUGUGGACUAUGGUGAACAGCGCACGCAGGAUCCUGAGAAUGCUCGUGGUGUCCUCAAGUGUGACAUCUCUGACCUGUCGCUCAUCUGCUCUCUGGGAUACAGCAUCCUCUUGAUGGUCACAUGCACUGUUUACGCCAUCAAAACGCGCGGCGUGCCAGAGACUUUUAACGAGGCCAAACCCAUUGGAUUUACUAUGUACACAACCUGCAUCAUCUGGCUCGCCUUCAUCCCCAUCUUCUUUGGCACAGCACAGUCGGCGGAGCGGAUGUACAUCCAGACGGCCACACUGACCGUCUCCCUCAGCCUCAGCGCCUCUGUCUCUCUGGGCAUGCUCUACAUGCCGAAGGUCUACAUCAUCAUCUUCCACCCCGAGCAGAAUGUCCCCAAACGCAAACGCAGUUUCAAGGCCAUUGUCACUGCCGCAACCAUGACCAGCAAGCUGUCGCAGCUGGCGGCUGAGCGGCCCAACGGCGAGGUGAAGACAGAGCUGUGCGAGGGUGUGGAGGCCAGCGUGCCACCAACAAAAAACACCUAUGUCAGCUACACCAACCACGCCAUGUGAAAAAAUGAUGCCUUUGACACGAGGACGUCCUGGGACAUUUAACAAGCAGAUUUCUGUCACACUCAAAGGAGACGUCACCAGAGCCCAAGACAAAAAGGAGGUGCUCUGAACAAUCUGAAGGAUCAGAACGAAGUCCUGACAAACUGAACCAUUACAUUUGUGGUAUUUUUAUGUUUACAGACACACAAACAGGGAACAGGCCCGAAUGGCGCGAAAAAAGUCAAAAUCAUCCAAGAAACCAUGAAAGCAGGAGGAUGGUAACCUGAAAGACAAAAAAAUCUAUUAAAAUAAGUCUUCAAAAAGAAAUACAAAAAAAGUUAUUGUUGGGACCAACCAUAUUUGUUGUUAUUCUAAUUGUACGUUUAAAAAAAAAACUUGUGGUUGUGAAAAUUUCUGAUUCUUGUCUCAUGUCGUCCGUCCGUCGACCUACAUUAUGAGAUGAGUCCGUCGCUGUUUUUGGCUAACUGAAUGGUAGCUGUUGGUUGUGAAAUGUCCAAAUGCCAUGGUUGAAUUGAAGCAUGCCCGUUUUUUAUACAAAUGAUCUAUUUAUAAUAAAGGAAUGUUUCACAAGUCGGUGCCAUGCUACAGUCUGUUUGAAUAAGAGUACAUAAGAACAACUGAAGAGAAUGUACAUUGUUGAUGGUUGUUGGGAUGUCGUUGAUUUUCCAAUCAAACAGCGGUUGUCUUUUCAGUAGAAACAAAGUGUUUGUGCUUCUUACUGUUGAUUCUUCAGUGCGAGUACAAAGCAAGUUCGACAUAGCCAGGCUUUCUUUGCCAUAGCUGGUUCAACAAAACCGAAAACCCCAGUCAAAGAUAAAGGGUAUUACAACAGUGGUUAUCAUCUUUUUUUCUUAACCCAGGCUUUCAUUCACAACAUCAUACACUACCUAUUUGAGUUAAAGAUAAAUGUUUGUAUGUGUGAAUGGGACUGUGAUAUUAAAUUCUAGGUUUUCCAAAAUAACAUUAACAAAUUCAUUAACAAAUGUUAAUGAAAUGGCUGCUGGAUGUUGUUGGGUAGCUAGCUAGCUGGUCAAUAUUUAUUAUUUAUUGGCCAAUUAUUUUUCCCACCGGGGAAACCAGACCUAUCACCAAUCAGAGAUCAGAAUCAGAAUCAGAAAUACUUUAAUAAUCCCCGUGGGGAAAUUACUAGAUGUGAGUGUUGAUACAGAGCCAUGCCAGCACUAACUGAAAACAUGUUAGCCAACCACCUUGCCACAUGCUAGUGAGUAAGCUGGCCAGUUCAGUUGGCUACAGGACAAUAAUUUCAUUAGUUAAAUCAAGAGACAUGUUUUAUUUGUCUUUUUGGAGCAGCUUACUCCAGCAGUGCAGUGCUCAGAGCGGUGCAAGUAAACAGUUGGUAUGAAACAGCUAAUAUGGUUGCUCCCUCCAUUUUAGAUGCCACAGUUCACCGUUUCCUUUAAAGGUCACAUCUGUCAAAAUAGUUUGCUGUUGGUCAACAGUGCAAAUUUGCUUCUCAGAGUUCACUAAAGUUGAACCUGAAAACUCUGUACAAAUUUACUUCUUCUAUGUGAGCAAAUCCACUGGAUUGCAGAGAUUCCAUUGAAAUUAACUGACUGCCGCUUU